CAGUUCCCCAGCCCCUCAUUCCCCAGCCCCCCAGAUCCUCCCUCCAGCCCCCCCCCCACACCAUGGAGGCGCAGUGCGAUUACUUCAUGUACUUCCCGGCCGUGCCCUUCCCGGCCCGGGAGCUGCUGCGGGGCGAGCCGGGCCGGUACCGGGCGCUGCCCCGGCGCAACCACCUCUACCUGGGCGAGACCGUCCGCUUCCUGCUGGUGCUGCGGGGCCGGCCGGGGCCGGGGGGCGCCCGCACCCCCUGGGGGGAGCUGGGCUCCUCCCUGGCCGCCCUGGCCAGCGUCAGCCCUGGGGCGGUCGACCCGGGGGGCGAGGGGGACGGGGAGCCCCCCGAGGAGCCGGGGGGGGACGGGGACACGGCUCCUCCGGCCCCCGGCUUCUUCCGGGACUGCCGGCCCCUGCUAACCCACGGCCAGGGACCCCUGGGGCGGCCGGCCGCCGGGAUACCGGUGGAGGAGCCGAUCGUCUGCACGGACGAGGUCAUUUUCCCCCUGACGAUUUCCCUGGACAACCUGCCCCCCGGGACUGUCAAGGCCAAGAUCGUGGUCACGGUGUGGAAGCGGGAACAGGAGGCGCCGGAGGUGCGGGAACGGGGGUACCUGAGCCUGCUGCAGAACCGGGCGCCGGCCCAGCUCUUCCGCGAGGAGCAGGGGGCCUUCAAAGCCCAAGUGAGCACCAUGCUGACCGUGCUGCCCCCUCCGGGGCUCAGGUGCCGCCAGCUGAACGUCUCUGGGAAAUACCUCACCGUGCUCAAGGUGCUGAAUGGCUGCUCCCAGGAGGAAAUCUCCCUGUGGGACGUCCGCAUCCUGCCCAACUUCAACGCCAGCUACCUGCCCAUGCUGCCCGAUGGCUCCGUGCUGCUGGUCGACGACGUCUGCCAUCACUCUGGUGAGGUGCCCGUCGGCGCCUUCUGCCGCGUGGCCGGCGCCGGCUCCGGCUGCCCCUGCGCCUUGAGUGCCCUGGAGGAGCAGAACUUCCUCUUCCAGCUGCAGGCACCUGAGCGGCCCCAGGAGGACACCAAGGAGGGUCUCGAGGUCCCCCUGGUGGCCGUGGUUCAGUGGUCGACACCCAAACUCCCCUUCACCAGCAGCAUCUACACCCAUUACAGGCUGCCCAGCAUCCGGCUGGACCGGCCGCGAUUCGUGAUGACGGCAGCCUGCGAGUCGCCCGUGCCCCUGCGCCGACGCUUCACCGUCACCUACACCCUGCUCAACAACCUGCAGGACUUCCUGGCUGUGCGGCUGGUCUGGACCCCGGAGAGCGCCGCGGCCGGGAAGAAGCUGUCCAGCGAGGAGCGCCGGGCCACGCAGGCAGCCCUGGACGCCAUCGUCUGCCACACUCCUCUCAACAGCCUGGGCUACUCCCGCAAGGGCAGCGCCCUGACCAUCCAGGUCGCCUUCCAGGCCCUCCGCGCCGGCCUCUUCGAGCUCUCCCAGCACAUGAAGCUGAAGCUGCAGUUCACGGCGAGCGUCUCGAACCCACCCCCCGACGCCCGGCCCAUCUCGCGCAGGAGCAGCCCUGGCAGCCCGGCUGUGCGGGACCUGGUCGAGCGGCACCAGGCUGGGCUGGGCCGGUCCCAGUCCUUCUCCCACCAGCAGCCUUCCCGCAGCCACCUCAUGAGGUCUGGUAGCGUCAUGGAGCGCCGCGCCAUCACCCCGCCUGUGGGCUCCCCCGUGGGCCGCCCCCUCUACCUGCCCCCCGAGAAGAGCGUCCUGUCACUGGACAAGAUCGCCAAGCGCGAGUGCAAGGUGCUGGUGGUGGAGCCCAUCAAGUGAAGAGGCCAAACGUCCCUCCCCCCUCCUGGUCCCCCCCAUCGCCUCGCUGCUGCUUCCCCACGGAGCUCAUGUUGCUGGAGGCCUGGGACCAUGGACGGGGUGCAGGGGGAGGCUGGCAUGUGCCAAGGGGGGGAGGGAACUGCAGACUCAGGGGAGCAGCAUGUGGUAGGCUGCAGGCCAGUAUGGGUGGGUGUGUGUGUGUGUGAGAAUUGCAUUCUGGGUGGGAGGGGGGAGCUGGGGCAGCAGAGGCCACAGCUACUGUGUUGUGAAGGGCGGGGUGGGCUGGGUGCCAUUUUCAGGGUGAUCCUGCUGCUGUUUCCCUGCUGUCAGUUGUGGGGGUGCCAGGGGUGGGACCCCUGGCUAUGGGUGGGUGGGGUGAACACAUCUCAUUGCUGGUUCCCAGUCACUGUUUACAAAACCCUUCGCUUCCUGCAUUGCCUUUUUAAUUUGGGGGCCCUGCAAAUUCCCCCUGAGCUGGGGGGCAGGGACCCAUGGUACUGCUUGGCCCUGGCUGGGCUGGAGUGAGCACCUUCCUUCCUAUCAGCCCCUGGGGCAGCAUCCCCUGAGAGCCAGGCUCCCCCCAGCCCCUGGGGCUGCCCCUCCCACUGCUAUCUAGAUGAGCUUUGCCAGCCCCCAUCCCAGCCGAGGGAAGGAAGGUGCCUGGCGCAGCCCUGAGCCACCGCAUGGAAGGUCCCAGCCCCACGUGCCUCGCUGCAGGUACAUUCCCCAGCCCUUGCUGUUGGUGGGGGGGGGGGGCCUACCUAGGCUAGGUUGCCCCCUGUGGCUACAGGGACUCGCUGGACCGGGGCCCCCACUGCACUUUAUUUACAUUUUUUUGUUAUUUAUUUGUCUCUGAACUGGCUUUAUUUGUGUCUGUGAAUAAACCUCAUGGGAUGGAA